AGCUUUGAAUACUUAAUUAAUUUAAAGUAUACUUUAAUACUAACUAAAAUUAAGUAAGUAAGUCAGUAUAAAAUGAGGUUUUUAUUAGUGCUAAGCUUGGCUUUAAGCUUUUAAAUAAGUUUUUAAAAUAUGAUAACUAUUCCCUUGGCAAAAUAAGAGGCCAAUAAUGAAUCUGUUAAACAAAAUAGAAGCUUUUUAUAAUCGUAUAGCGUUGAUUCUUUGGUUAAUAAUUAAUAGAUGAGUUACUAUGGAACUAUUCAAGUUGGGAGUUAGAAUCAAACAUUUAAGGUCAUUUUUGAUACAGGUUCAUAUUAGUUAUGGCUUCCUAGUAAAAACUGUAUCUAGAGUGACUAUAAUUGCAAGGGAUUAAAUGGAUAUUAUGAUUGCUCUGCUUCAAAUGGAUGCAGCUUAUCAGCAACCCAGAAAACUCUUUCCUAUGGAAAAGGAUAAGUUAGUGGUUAUAUAGCAACCACUACUGUUGGAGUUUGUGGACUUUAGCAAGUUAAAUAGUCCUUCCUUUUAGUAUAACUAGCCUAAGACUUCUCAAAUAUUUAGGCAGACGGUCUACUUGGUUUGGGAUUGUAUGAUUCAUACAAUGAUAAUGGUAACUCAUUUGUUACUAAUAUGAAGAAUAGCGGAAUAAUUUAAGAAGAAAUGUUUAGCUUUUAUCUUGGAUUUGGAAAGAGCGAUUCUUAACUAAUUUUCGGAGGUUUCGAUCCAAAAAAAGUAGCUGACUCUUCCUAAAUUUACUUUCAUCCAGUCAUAUUAUAUGGUUAAUAAGGUUAUUAAAGAUGGUCGAUCAGAGUUUAAGUAGUUAAUUUUAAGACAUUUAGCUAUACUUUAAAUGCUGUUAAUAAUUUUGCUAUUGUUGACUCUGGAACAUCACUUAUUCUCUUAAACAGUGAUAUGUACAAAUAAUUUGUUACAUAUUUGAUUUAAAAUUAUAAAGUUUAUUAGACAUAAGAUGGAUACUAUUAUACAAGUUGUAGUACCUCACUCCCUAACAUAAAUUUUAUUUUAAAUGACAAAGAUGGAAUUUAAAGAUAAUAUUCUAUCCCUUCAUCUUUUUACUAUAUAAAGACUUAAGGCUAAUGCAUAAUUGGCAUUUCAAGUCUCCCCCCCUCAGUAGGUAUCUCAGACGUAUAAAUUAUUCUUGGUGACAUUUUCAUGAGAAGAUAUGUUUCUUUAUUUAGUUAUAAAAACUAAACUGUUGGUCUAACUUUAUCAGUUGCUGAUCCAGAUGAUGAUUAUACAAAUUCUCCUCUUGAAGGAUGGUAAAUUGCUCUUAUUGUAAUAGGAGGACUACUAAUUAUUGGUGUUGUUUCUUUUUGUUUAUACAGAAAAGCAAAAGAAAGAAGAGAAAGAAAUCGUAAUUAUCUAAAUCAAUAGCUGUUAUCAAAUUAAAAUCAACAAUAAAAUUAUUUCUAAGGUUAAGGUGUGGCUAUUGGCGGAAAUUAUUAAAAUUAAAACAACUAUUAAUAACAAUAAAAUUAUUUCUAAGGCUAAGGUGUAUUAAUAGGUGGUGGAAUAAAUAAUAACUAAAAUAUUGUAUAUGGGCAACCAGUUUAAGGAUGA